AUGUCCGAUGCAGAAACCAAUGAGCGCAGACUUGUUUCUGAACAAGAUUCAAGACAUGCCUAUUUCAUGAAGCAAGCCCUUCUCAUGGGAGAAAGGGCCCUCCAAACGGGUGAAACGCCAGUGGGAUGUGUCCUAGUAUAUGACAACAGAAUAGUUGGGGUUGGGAUGAAUGAUACCAAUAGGUCAAUGAAUGGUACAAGGCAUGCCGAAUUUAUUGCCAUUAGUGAAAUGCUUCGGAGUUAUCCCCGGUCCACACUACGGGCCACAGAUCUCUACGUCACGGUCGAGCCGUGUGUCAUGUGUGCCUCUGCUUUAAGGCAGUACCAGAUAAGAACGGUCUAUUUUGGCUGCGGCAAUGAGCGGUUUGGCGGCACGGGGAGCAUCUUAUCCUUACAUGCUGACGUUACAACAGAUCCUCCCUACCCUGUGCAAGGGGGAUUGUUCUACAAAGACGCCAUCAUGCUGCUUCGGCGGUUUUAUAUACAAGAAAAUGAAAAAGCACCCAACCCCCGCCCCAAAAAGCACCGAGAACUCAAAACAGACUUUGCGACCGGUGUUGAAAGCGUCGGCCAUGCUGGUUCAUGA